UUUGAAGUUACUGCUGAGGAUAUACUAGCACAAGAUGUAACAUGUAGAUGUAAGGAAUAUCAAAGUAUAUGGGAGAGGUACACAUCUGGUAGUGGUCUCAAAAAUGUAAAACCAUGUAUCCAUGAUGCUAAACAGAUUAAUGAACAGAAUUGUACAAUUAUAAACCCGUCCUAUGUUAGUUGUGUCCAGUAUUCAUGUAAAUCUGGAAUAGUAGAAAGUAGUCCCCAUUUUAUCAGACGUGAUUCAGACAGUACACAAACUAUGUCAAAUAAUGAUGAUAGUUCUGAUACAUUAGUAGAUAGCAACUGUAGCAUAAGUAAGAGUGUUAAUCCAUUUGGUUCUCAAAGUACUUUGGCGCAUGUAUCUCGUGUGCAAGACAACAGCAGUGGUACACUUUAUAGCUAUGGUGACCUUACAAGUAAAGAAAGCUUACAAUCCAUUGAUUCUACCAGAGAAAAGAAAGAAAAAGACAAACUUCCUAAAGGAACAAAAUAUCCCAGUGCUUGUAAUAACAUUGAACAGCAAACUCAUAAAAAACCACAGGAAGACAAAUUAAAAAACAUUUCCCAUCAAAAGGGUUUCUCAAUCAAUUCAGAAUUUCUGAAAAAUAUUGAUAUUGGCUUUGCUGAGGACUGGGAGCACAGUAUAAGCAUAUGUCAACCAGUUGGACUAUCAGGUAACAAUGAUAACUCAGCUGCAAAUACUUCCAUUGCCCCACAUGAUUUAUCAAAACAACAUUUACUUGCUAAUGAGGUGAAUGCUCGAUUGAAAAGACCAAAUCAAGGUUCUAAAACAGAUAGUGACAUAAGUUCAUCUGACUGGAAUGAUACCUAUUUAGUUAAUACAAUUAUGAAUGAUGACAGUCAAACUUCAAGUCUGAUUACCUUAGUGGAUACCCAACUCCCAAUAAAUCACCCAGCCAUAAUCCAGCCUAUAUUAGUUAAUGCUAGGCAGAAUCAUACAUCAGAUAACUAUGAAGAAUGUCAUGCUGGACCACAAGGGCAGCCAACUGUGUCACCAUCCUCCCCUAGUGAUGAGGCUGUAUCCCGGGAGAUCUUCAAGGCUCUAGAAAGUCUCACAAAAGACAAAGCAUUAUCGUCUAAAUGUCAUGCUAAGGCAAAUAGGAAAGCCGUUACAAUAAAUUGUAGUCUGAACCGGAAUAUAGACAAGGAUAUGAGAAAUCCACUUGAGUGUAAGAUCCUCGCAGAAACAAAAGAAGAUAUUCACAAUGAAAUAGACUUAAUGCCAUCUUGUUUAAGUGAAGAUAUAGAGCUUCUUAAGGAGAGAGGCUUGCCUAUUGAUUGCGUGAGAAAACAAUAUAAUGUUAGUAAAUCAAUGCCAUAUGUAGGUGACGAACCAGGUAGAAACAGUCGAUCAAUCUCCCCACAACAUGACACUCUCUACCAAUCAGUGCUGACUGGUGAUCUUACUGAUAAAAAUCAUCAGAUUAACCCGAACCAUAAAUCUGACUUUCCAAUCCCUAGAGGGGUCAGUUUGAAUAUCCCUAACAACAAAACAAUCCCAAAAAAUAGUGAAAUCAAUUCCCAAUCAAGUGACGGUAAUAUGACACUGAGCACACAAAGCAUUUCUGGGGAUAGAUCCCAUUGUUCUUAUAAGCACGUUUACUCUGGGUCUGGGAUCAAUGGACAUGGAUUAGAUAAUGUUGUGUCUACACAGCCUAUUAUGAGAUUGAAAUCCAAUAGGCCUGAGCCAGCAAGCACGAUCAAUGAUACUCUCAGGACAUGUACUUUCCCCAUCAAAUCGACCUCAACUUAUACUGACAAUACUUACCCAAACCCAUCUACUUUAACUCACUCUAACUGUACUAGUCUACUUAAUGGGAAAGAUACAACUGUUGCCAUGCAACCGAUCCCAGGUGAACACUCACAUCAAGAAGAUAAUAGAUUAACGUUCUGUUCAACUGGUGUUGUUACGCAAAAAUCGUCCAGCCAAAAUCGUGUCAUUGGUCAAUUGAGUGAAUGGUUCUUUAAGCUGCAACAGGCGGAUUGGAUGCCUCUGAGAGCUCGUGUAAAGCGACAAACUAAACUCAUCUCAAAAUCUAGAAGCCCAAAGGAACUGAGUUUCUCAAUGGAGGCCAGUGCUGCACAGAGACAAUUGAUUGCCCAACUUGAAGC